UCACGUUCAAAAUGACGGUUGGAUUGAAUCCUCAGUAUAAUCAGAUCGGUCUGGAGUUUGUUCAAAUGUACUACCGUCUGAUGGAAACUGACAGGAAGAGUUUGGCAAACUUCUACAAUGAACAGAGCAUGAUGACUUUUGAAAACGGCACUUUUUCCGGUCAGCAGCAGAUCAUGGAGAAGCUUCUCUCUAACCCUCAUUCCAAGUAUUCUAUUUUAACAUGCGAUUGCCAACCUUCACCUAACAACGGUGUGAUUGCGUUUACCAUUGGUGAUGUCUCUCUAGACAAUAGUCCACCAAUGAAGUUCGCUCAUGCAGUCCAGCUAUUUCCUAACGGCAACAGUUACUUUGUGCUCAACGACGUUUUCAGGUUGUGUAUCGGUUGACUUAUGAACAAAAUAAGUAAUAAGUCGUACGGUUGAUAAAUUUACUGAGAACAAUGGUAAUCAAUUUGUGAUAAACA